GGAAAACACAAUCCUUAAAAGACAAGUAAAAGACUUGGUCAACAACUCCCUAGAUUCUAGCCUUGAAAUCCUCCCUCACAUGGCUUGUGUUACACCUGAUAUUCCUUUCACACCUUGUGUUCACACCAUGGGAGAUCUUCUUUCCUUCUACCAAACCCAUCUUCUCUUCAUUCUAGUCCAUAAAUCGUAGCAAUGUGAUAGACUUUCCUUCUAGCAAGUCCACGUCCAUCAAGAAUGAUCCCAUUUGAUCCUUGUAUCGUCGUACUCGGACCUUCAUCUUUGGACCACGAGAAUUAUAUAUUCUGCCAAUUGAUUUCACAUCAACAAACUCGUAGGCCUUGCUUGCAAAUACCUUUUCUUCCACCUGGAAGGCUUCCAAGCUCUCUUUAAACCUCUUAAAUCGUCUCUUGAACCAUGUUCCAUGUAGAUAUCUAGUUUGAGCUCGAGUGACGUCAUGCGGGGUGAGCGGAGUCGCAUCACUAACCAUAAAAUUAUUAUGGUAUAAUAUAUUUCUCUUUUUAUCUCUCUCAUUGACAAGACCCUCCUCUCAUCCUAUUCGGCUUAGGGAUGGGAAGCGGUGCAGUCCAUACUGGAUCAUACAUACGGUUGGAUAUCUUAACUUGAUGAUGUUUUUUUCCUUGUAUUUCUUGAAGAGGGCGGCAAUUACGAAAUUUGUAGAUGAUUUUUGCUCUGAAUUCAUAUUUUCACUGCCCUAUUCUCUUUAGAUGACAUCUAAUUAUUUCACAUUAGCAAGUGUAUAAAAUAACAUAUGUUGGAUGGAGAAAGAAAUUGAAACAUUGUUCGAGAAGGGAAAAAAAGCAUUUGAUAAGGACCAAAAAUGCAAAAUUCAUAAUAGGAGAGUCUGUUUGAAGAGAGCGCAUAGUUUAGGGGCUAAAGGGGUAACCCUCCACAUUUCUAGGUUUUCCCCUAACGAGGAGCAUCGGCUCGGCUGUCUGUGGAGUUCAGAUUUGGGCAAAAGCUAGAGGCAAAGACCGUGCACCAGAGCCGUCCAGGCGAGAUCUAACCUCGACGAGUUGAGACCAUCGCGGAGAAAGUAGUAGCUUUGACAGUGUACUAAAUCGAAGGCAGGGGAACCGUAUCCUGAUUCUUGGCUUGCUUGGUGUUGAUCAAGUAAGAAAUCUCUUCAAUUUCAGUAUCAAAUUAGAUCUUUAUCAAAUUCUAUAGGCCAGUUAUUCUCGCAUUGCUCGUCGCACUUACUUGCUGGAAAGAGAAAAUUGGAGAAGGGUUUUGCCUGUUCUGAGUCCUGACCGUAGCUUGAUUGUCCUGAAUUUAACCUCUCUGUCUAGGGUUUGGACUUCGGAGGAUUGGUAAGUCUAAGAGCUUAGUUUGAAAGUUUUGUCGAAUAAAAAAGCAGAAGUCUUUAUCUGCAAUUGAGCUUGUCUAGGGUUCUUAAUGGCUUCGAAUUUGAUGGGUGUCUGUGGAAAUGAAUGUCCCUUUGUUCUGAUACAAUGGACUUGUGAUGUUAACUCUAUGCUUGAAAGGCUGCUGAUGCCGUAGCUCGGUCAUCAUAUUGUUACUUUGCUAAGGAAAUGUCAGUUGAAGUUGGAUAAUAUGGAAUUGGUUGAUUGCCGCUGCAACAACAAUGGUCUCGUAAUGCUUCUUUUGCAGCUACUUUUGUGUGUUCAGUCCAUUGAUAUUUGUGGCGUGCUUUCUGUUUCAGUUUCCAGAGUGCUUAGUGCUCCGUUUGAGGUUCUUUGCCAGAUUCCGAUGCAUGCAAAUGGAUUUUUAAGAAUUGAUUAUCCUUGUUGUUGACUUGGCUUAGUGCUGGUGGUGGGGUUCAGUUUUGGUACUUUACGAACUUGUGUGGAUCCAACAGUGCUACCGGUUAAAUAUAAGUAUUCUGCGUCUUUCUUAUUUGUAGUCUCUGUUUUGUAGUCGACAUUUUAGCAUUUGUGCUUGUGUUCACCCCUUCACCAGCUGAUGUGCGAGACAGUUGGCGUGACACAUUUUGGAACUCUUAUGUUUCAGGACUUUAAUAAGGAACUGCAGACAUGUCUACCUCUUACCUUCCCGCGACGAAAGAGUCUAUUGCUCAGGCUUUGGAAGCUGAAGCUCCAUCAGACGCCAUCUCCAUGCUCUACCGUGUACUUGAAAAUCCUUCCUCAUCCCCAGAAGCACUGCGGAUAAAAGAACAAGCCAUUACAGAUCUCACUGAUCUGCUUAGGCAAGAGAAUAGGGCUGAGGAUCUUCGCAGCCUUCUGACUCAGCUGCGACCCUUCUUUUCUGUAAUUCCCAAGGCUAAAACUGCAAAAAUUGUCAGAGGAGUGAUUGAUGCUGUUGCCAAAAUACCCGGCACGUCCAAUCUGCAAAUUUCCCUGUGCAAGGAAAUGGUGCAGUGGACCCGUGCAGAGAAGAGGACAUUCCUCAGGCAGCGAGUCGAAUCAAGGCUUGCAGCACUUCUGAUGGAAAACAAGGAGUAUACGGAAGCAUUAGCCCUUCUUACGGACUUGGUAAAAGAGGUAAGGAGGUUGGAUGACAAGCUACUCCUUGUGGAAAUAGACCUGCUGGAGAGCAAGCUUCACUUUUCACUGAGGAACCUGCCUAAGGCAAAAGCUGCACUCACAGCUGCAAGAACCGCUGCAAAUGCCAUAUAUGUACCUCCGGCCCAGCAAGGCACGAUCGAUUUGCAGAGUGGGAUUCUUCAUGCCGAGGAGAAGGAUUACAAGACUGCCUACAGCUACUUCUUUGAGGCCUUCGAGUCUUUCAAUGCCCUCGAGGACCCCCGGGCGGUUUUCAGUCUUAAGUACAUGUUGCUAUGCAAGAUCAUGGUGAGCCAGGCUGACGAUGUCGCCGGGAUAAUUUCCUCUAAAGCUGGACUCCAGUAUGUGGGGCCGGAGCUGGAUGCCAUGAAAGCUGUUGCUGAUGCUCACUCCAAGAGAUCAUUGAUGUCGUUUGAGACUGCACUGCGUGAUUACAAGGCCCAACUGGAAGAAGACCCCAUUGUUCAUCGGCAUCUGUCUUCUCUGUACGACACAUUGUUGGAGCAAAACUUGUGCAGGCUGAUUGAGCCCUUCUCCAGGGUUGAGAUUGGAAACAUUGCCGAGCUUAUUGAGCUGCCUACCGAUCAUGUGGAGAAGAAGCUCUCACAAAUGAUUCUGGACAAGAAGUUUGCCGGGACCUUGGAUCAAGGUGCUGGCUGCCUCGUCAUCUUUGAUGAUCCCAAGACCGAUGCUAUAUAUCCAGACACACUAGAAACCAUUGCCAACAUGGGGAAGGUUGUCGACAGUCUUUUUGUGAGGUCAGCCAAGAUCAUGGCUUGAAUCGAAUGUUGUAUCCUCACUGUGACAUUGCCAAGACACCUUUCCGUCUAGCAAUUCCCAAAGGAAAGGCAAUAACUUUAAGUUGGGUUUGCUUCCGCGUCCUCAUGACUCCUAGCUAGCCCUUUCUCCCCUCCAUCGUUUAGUUGCAGAAGAAAUUCUAGUUACUCUAUCAUGAGUUACUGGUACAUUUGUUUGCAGUUCACCUUGCUUUCUUGUUCUUCUGAUGAACUUUCUCAGUGGUGGAACUAGUGGUUGGAUGAUGGCUAAGUAGUGUCAUCUUCUGUUUUCUUUAGCUUUGUGAUGAUGCAUGAUACUAUUUUUCCAUAGUGAUGAAUUUGUCAGUUCAGUUCAUUUUAGUGCCCCUCUGAACUACCAUGGGACAAAGUGCAUUUGCUUCCUGAUGCGGCGGAUGGCCUUCAAUUCAUUGGUUCAUCUAUGUGUGUGCUACAGUGGAAGAAAUCUUGAUUCGUGAUGCUGCUGUUCAUUCAACUUUCUGCCUUUUUUUAAGCAGAAAGAAACAGAAAUAAAGGCUAGCGUGUUUUUCAAAUGCGGAAAGGGAAGUAAUUGAUUGGUGAAACCAACGUGCAUGGGAUGGCUUAUUUUUGCCUUUGUCGUAAACACUACCCCAGGCAGCUUAGAACGAGUGUCAGGUGAUAGAGCAAAGUACUGAAAAGCAGAUCCAUCAUCAGUUCAGUCCAACAGGUAAAGCUACGGUCUAACCCACGAUUCUGCUUGACUGCUUUUGGAACCUCUAAUAAUGCAGAAUACCAAAAGCAAAGUGGAGAAUGCUUUCAAUCGAAUUGGAAGCACGACCUUUGUCAUGUCUCCUCAGACGUUCAAUUCGUGAUAGCAAGGUCUUGUUACAUGCCGGGCGCGAUGAAAGGUGAGCGACUAUGAGGUAAUUUUGUUGGUUCUGCGCACGUUACAGCUACCUUACUACGAGUCUGAUAACUACGCAAAGUGUAGGUACAUGCAUCAUUUCAAACAAAUAACUGUGGUGUGCUUUGAACAGAGCUUUCCAUCCCAUGGUAGUGCGAGAAAAACAACAUUGGGGUUGUUGCUGGAGCUUGAUCCAGAUGCGGUUUGCUUUCAAGUAGAAAGAUGGUGGUCAAAAGGGUGCGUUUGUGACAAAAGUUGCUGAAAUGGACUUUCCUGAAAGCAUACUUACCACCAAACAUUCCAUUAUGGACAAGAAAAACAUUUGUCCUCCUCUGCUUUUACUGCCAUUCUAGAGGCUUUCCUUUGGUGAUAUCGAUCUACAAACUUGUAUUAUCAGUAAAGCCAAACACUCCUGAAUGUUGAGAUCUUAGUUUUUGUUGGUGCUGGCCGAGUUGUCAUCUAUGCAAACAACAACAAAAACAAAAUUUGGAAAGCAAGAUGAUAACAACAAUGAAUGAACGAACAAAUGGUGCAAUCUGAAUAUGAUCCUAGCUACUAUUAAUAAGUUUCAAUAACUUGAGUUUUUGAGAGAAGGUGAAUUAUUGAUUUUAUACAACUUUCUUGCUCGUCAACUGAGAAUAAAGUCAACUCACGAACUGGAAGUUUGUACAUGUCCACCAUACCAUGUACUUGAAUAGACUCUUAAGUCUUAAUAUAAUUAGGAGUCGGGAAGAUUCAAACACAUAACCACUUUGUCAAACCAGCUGUAUAUCAUUGUCAUAAACAAGUUGAUCAUAAUAAUUCGAGUUGUUGGCAGAAAGUUAAUUGUUGAUCUUAUACCUCUCUUUUACAAUAACAGCCUUCGAGGUUUGGAUCGUAACAAAGCCUUCCACCUAAUUCUCCAAGUUUAAUACCCCACUUCCCCACCCCAAGCUCGGAGAUCCCCUUAGUAACUUUGUUUUCUUUGUCAAGAAAAUACUUCAUUAAAGUGGCGGAAUGAAAGUUGGUAUGCCCAUUAAACGACUUUAAAUAUCAUAAAACUAGACUUAUCCUCACGAGACACACUAGGAAAUUUCAUAAUUGAUAUUGUCUUUCUAACUCAUGAGGAAUUUAUUAUAAAUGUUAAUCGACUUGUUUAAUGGCUUGUGAGAAUUGUUUUCGGAGUUAAUCCAUAAGGGCUAAAAUCUGGUGGAUAGGGGGUCCCUUAGUCAUAUGACUAAGUGAAUCUCCAUCCUUACACUUCAUUAAAACCCAAUGGUCCAGAUUAAUCUCAUUUAAUGAAGGACAAAAUAGUAAUUAUAUAAAAUAAUUAUUUAACAAUUAAAAUUAAAAAAACUGUGCGGCGAAUUUGUUGUUCCUCCCGCGGGCCGCCUGUUUCCCGGGACUUGCCGCCGACUGCCUCGGGAAUUUUUCCGGUGGCUUGGGACUAAUUCCCUCCCCGACGGCGGUCCCUUUAUGGCCCUGGGAAUAAUAAGUGGCUUGGGGA